AUGUGGAAUGCCAUUGAAAGCACGGGAAGAUUGGAAGAGGAACUUCAACUCUGUAAUGAACUCAUUAUACGUGACCCUACUAGCAGCGCUGUUUGGGAUCAGAGAUUCUAUGUUGUGGUGAAAUGUGGAUCCUCGCCGUUUGCGGAGUUCGAACAAGCCAUUAAAUACAUUUUGGAUUAUCCCACAUUUGAAAACCCAUGGCUGUACCUCAGGCGCAUCUCUCUUCUAGUGGAGAUCCCCAGGUUUAGCGAAGCACUGGACUGCCUCUUUUGUAAGUUUCUUCCUAUACAAACUUUCAUCGAUGACUACCAUAUGCUUGCGGAUGAAGUUGAGGGGAUACUCGCCGCUGAAGCUACAUAUGGAUUUGCUUUGAUCACGCUCCUCGAGCUCGCAUAUCAAGGCUAUGAGCCAUGUCCUGAGGUUAUAGAUGGAGUCAAUUCUCUAAGCUUCACAAAUAAUCCACUUCACUGUUUCGAUACCAUUUGUGAUGCCCUGACACUUUUAUACCCGCUGAAACGUUACUAUUGGAUGUGGCUUGCUUCGGGAGUUUCCAAUAGGAUGACUGAAAGGUAUAGAGAAGUUGGUCCGAUGGACAAUGCAUCUUGGUAA